CUUCAAACCGUGUGUAGGUGCAUACUGGAUCUUUACAUGAGAGACUUUACGUUGUUGAAAACAUAAAUCAGGAUCUUCUCCAGAGGUCAGUGAUAAGUGGACGAUGAUGAGACUACUGGAACUUUUUGUGUUUGCAGCUGUCUUCAACUACAUAUCUGCUGCUACAGAAGUCUGCACCAAUUCCCUUCUACCCGGGGCGAAAGGAGAUCAAGGAGAGACCGGGGAAGAGGGGGAUCAGGGGAGACUGGGAAAGAAUGGACCAUCAGGACCUUCAGGAGUGCCAGGAGAAGAGGGGCUCAAAGGAGGGGCAGGCCAGGCAGGGAAAAUGGGGCCUAUCGGAGACAAAGGUGACAGGGGUGAUGCAGGAUUGGAAGGGCCUGAUGGUUUAAAAGGGAAACCAGGCACAACUUGUGACUGUGGCAGGUACAGGAAGGUGGUGGGACAGCUUGAUGUCAAUGUGGGCAAGCUGAGGAACGCCGUCAAGUUUGUGAAGAAAGUCCUUCUGGGCCUGAAAGAAACAGAGGAGAGGUACUACCUGCUGGUGAAGGAGCCCAAGAGGUUCAGAGAGGCCUCAGUGAACUGUAAGCUACGAGGAGGCAGCCUGGCAAUGCCGAAAACCAGCAACAUCAACGGGCUGAUGGCAGACUACAUCAGUAAGGCGGGACUGACGGGGGUUUAUAUAGGAGUACAGGCCCAGAGCGUGGACACGAACGGAACAGGCAGCUAUUUAUACACAGACUCCAGCCCUCUGCAGGGUUUUGCAGCUUGGAGCCAAGAGGUGGUGCUAAACUCCACAGUAUCUCCCACCACAAACUCAAGCUGCGUGGAGCUGCUCAGCACUGGAAUGUGGGCUCACGUGGAGUGUGAAGCCACCAUGUUUUUCAUCUGUGAAUUCACAAAGAAGAGCAGAAGAGGAGGAGGAGGAGGAAGAGGAGGAAGAGGGAAUCUACAGGGCUCUGUAGCGUCAUGAGUUAAUGAGAAGACAAAGUUAUGCAUUUAAAGUUUCUAAUUCAUGUGGAAAUGGAAAUGUAUGCAAUGAAAGAAUAACUGAAAUUAUCAAUAAAGUGUUUUUUUCAUGA